AUGACGGUCACGAACACCACCAUCCCGACAGCAAUCACCGCCACCACCACCAUCACCACCACCAACCCCACCAUCUCGAAAGAUCAUAUAUUCAAAUACGAUCCUCCAAACAGUACAACUCCGGCUCACAGUGUAUAUCAGCUCCCAAACAUGAGAAGCUUCGUCAACUGUGAUUUGGGAAAGGCCAAAAUGCUUGCAAAUUCAACACAAGGAAGUACUGAAAAUGGCUUUGAAUUUGAGCUCAAACACCAAAAUCCUUACUACUUUGCUUGUGGAGAAGCCAAUGGCUUCCAUUGCCAAACUGGAUCCAUGAAGUUCACCCUAACACCAAUACUUCAAGGUUGA